UGUCGGUGACAUCAGCAUUGCAGCAGAAGCGCAUGCAGCAUUGCGCUGCAGAGCCCCUACCACAGUGCUGAGCCAAACCUUCAAGGCAGCACAGACUUGCUGCAAGGAUGGCUGACGUGCCGGAGCCUCACUUUGUGCAGACCCUGGCUGUCAGCACGGCUAAGACAUCCAAGUACCUGUCUUUCUCUCCCUCCUUCCAGCACCUCAAAUUUACAACCUGGAUCAAGGACAACAUCCGGAAGAAGGAGUGCUGCUACUACGUGCAGGAUGCCAGGGAAGGGAUCUGCAAGUGUGGCUAUCCUAAGCUUCACCAUGCAGAUGAGGCUGUCAAGCCAGAGGAGUUCUUGGGGGAGCCCUGGGACAAGUGCAGGCACAUCCGGGAGGUGCCCACCAAUGCGUUUGGAGACAUAACGUUCGGUGGUCUGGGACAGAAAGUAGGCAAGUAUGUCCGAGUGUCCACAAAUACUUCCCCUGAGAUCCUAUAUCAGUUGAUUAUUGAGCAAUGGAGACUCCACCCGCCCAAUCUGCUCAUCUCGGUCACUGGUGGGGCCAAGAAUUUCUACAUGAAAGCUCGGCUGAAAGAGAUGUUCCGCAGGGGGCUCAUCAAAGUCACCCAGUCCACAGGAGCGUGGAUCCUGACGGGCGGUACGCACACGGGUGUCAUGAAACAUGUGGGUAUGGCGGUGCGAGACUACACUACAAGUAGCAGCUCCGCAGAGUCACAGGUUGUGGCCAUUGGCGUGGCCACCUGGGGGGUGUUACACAACCGACAGCCCCUGGUGCACCCCGAGGGAUGCUUUCCUGCUCACUACACCCUGGAUGAACAGGGGCAGGGCCACCUUUCGUGUCUGGACAUCAAUCACUCUCACUUCUUGCUGGUUGAUGAUGGCACACAUGGGCACUAUGGGGUGGAGAUUGACCUUCGCAGCCGCCUAGAAAAGCACAUCUCCCAGCAGUCCUUGGGGCGCAGAGAGGGUGAUGUGACAAUUCCUGUAGUGUGUGUUGUGCUGAAUGGAGGGCCAGGAACUCUAAACACCAUCUACAGCUCCAUGCUCAAUGGCACCCCCUGCGUGGUGCUGGAGGGGUCUGGGCGGCUGGCUGACGUUAUCGCUGAGGUGGCCAACCUGCCCAUGUCCCGGGUGACCAUCUCCCUUAUCCACCAACUGAUGAAGAGGUUCUUUGGCCAGGAGUACGAGGCCUUCACUAAGAUCAACAUAAUCGAGUGGACCAAGAAGAUUCAGGACAUCAUCAGGAUGCCCCACCUGCUUACUAUCUUCUGCAUUAAUGAGAAGGGACACAGUGAUGUGGAUGUGGCCAUUCUACAAGCUCUGCUGAAAGCUUCCAGGAGCUGUGACACCCCUGGCCACAAGAGCUGGGAGCGGCAGUUGGAGCUGGCUGUGGCCUGGAAUCGUGUAGACAUUGCGGAGAGUGAGAUCUUCAGGGAGGAGAGCCAGUGGAAGUCUAGCGACCUUCACCCGGCCAUGUUCUCUGCACUUGUGGGCCACAAGGCGAAAUUUGUGAAGCUGCUCUUGGAGAAUGGUGUCUCCCUCAGGGAGUUCCUGGAUGAGGAGACUCUUUGUGUGCUUUAUGCCCACAUGGUGCCUGGCUGUGUCUUCUUACGCCGGCUGGCCAAGCGCAUCAGGGGUGAAAACGGAUGCCGCCGUCAGUCUGAUCACCCAUCAGGUCAGAGAUGGGUGUCAUUGCAGCACGUGUCUGAGGAAGUGCGCCACUUCCUGGGUAGUUUCACUAAGCCACUCUACCCACCUCUGCCUCAUCGCAAUUACGUUGAGAUGUCCGAAGAUGACAUCCAGAUGACAGCUCUUUCCAAAGGGUCUGAAGGGCUCCAGGGUACCUCCAGUGCAAAAGAGGGAAUGGGGACAGAGUCUCUUAGGGACCCAGGGAGUGACCUCUUCCUCUGGGCCAUACUGCAGAACAACAAGGAGCUGGCUGAGAUUCUGUGGGAGCAGUGCAGGGAUGGCAUAACAGCAGCACUGGUGGCCAGCAAGAUCCUGAAGAAGCUAGCGAUCGAGGAAGAAGAGGAGGGCAAUGAGGCUGAGGACAUGAGGGCGCUGGCUAAUCACUAUGAGCAACAGGCUGUUGGAGUGUUCAGCGAGUGCUAUGCCUGGAAUGAUCAAAGGGCCCAGAAACUUCUGACCCGCAUCUCACCAUUCUGGGGCAGAACCACCUGUUUACGCCUUGCCCUGGAGGCUGACGACAAGAGCUUUGUGGCCCACACAGGGGUCCAGUCCCUGCUCACCCAGAUGUGGUGCGGAGAGCUGGCGGUUAGUAACUCAUCAUGGAAAGUGCUCCUGUGCAUACCGUUCACCCCACUCAUCUGCACGGGCCUGCUGACCUUCAGGCGUGAUGCGGAGAUCCAAAGGGAGGCUGAGCAGAACAGCAGGCUGCUUGCCAUGGAGGCCAUGACAGGAAGUUCAACAGACUCCCUGAUGAAAGCUCAACUCCUGGACAGCCGACCACAGUUUGACCUCAAGCCUCUGGACUGCAUCUCUCGACUGGCCAGCUUCUUUUCUGCCCCCGUGGUCAAGUUCUACUUGAACGUCUUGUCCUACUUUGGCUUCCUGUUGCUCUUUGCCUAUGUACUGAUGAUCGACUUUCAAACCAUGCCUUCUUGGAAGGAGAUGCUACUGUAUAUCUGGCUCAUCUCGCUGGUGUGUGAGGAGGUGCGACAGCUCUUUGAUGACCCUGAUGGGUUUGGGUUUCGGAGGAAGGCCAAGAUAUACAUAAACGACCUGUGGAACAUUCUGGAUGUGCUGUCCAUCCUUCUCUUCAUAGCUGGCUUCAGUUGCAGGUUGACCACAGUGGUGUUCUACACUGGGAAGGUCAUCCUCUGUAUCGACUUCAUCGUCUUCAGUUUGCGACUGAUGGCCAUCUUCAUCAUCAGCAAAACGCUGGGGCCUAAGAUUAUCAUCGUCAGGAGGAUGAUGAUGGACAUGUUCUUCUUCAUGUUCCUCUUGAGCAUUUGGGUGGUGGCUUACGGGGUGGCCAAGCAGGGCAUUCUGAUCGACAACGAGGACAGGCUAAACUGGAUCCUGCGGGGCGCGGUCUAUGAGCCCUACCUCACCAUAUUUGGCAACAUCCCGACCAGCAUUGACAACAUGGCGUUUGACAUCAGCACCUGCACUCUGAACGGCAGCAACCCACUAAUGCCCCGGUGCCCCGUACUGAACAAGGACCAGACCCCUGCCUUCCCAGUGUGGCUGACCAUCAUCCUCCUCUGUGUCUACCUACUAUUUGCCAACAUCCUGUUGAUCAACCUACUCAUCGCCAUCUUCAACUACACAUUCCAGCAGGUACAGGACAACACAGACUGCAUCUGGAAGUUCCAGAGGUAUGAGCUGAUCAAGGAGUACCACAGCCGCCCGGCUCCGCCACCGCCCUUCAUCCUCCUUAGCCACUUGUACCUUGUCAUCAGACGCCUGCUCCGCCGGGCCCCCUAUAGCAAACACCAGCAGUUCAAAGUAGAAGUGCCACAAGCAGAGGAGGAGGAACUGCUGUCCUGGGAAGCACUGAUGAAGGACAAUUACUUGGCCAAAAGCCGACAGCAGCAGAGUGAGAGCAUGGAGAACCGCAUUCAGGACACCGCUGACAAGGUAGGUGCUGUGGUGGAAUUCUUAGCAGGCGACCAGGAGCAAGAGUUUGUCACCAUGAUGAAGAGGCUGACCCAUCUGGAGGAGCAGGCCUCGCAGUCCAUUAAAGCUCUUCAGUGGAUAAUGAACGCCCUCAAGCUCCAGGGCUACCAGCCUAAGGAGGAAGCACCGUUGUUCUCAUGCGAUCACGAUGAGUCGUGGGACGAGUUAGCAAAGGAAGGGGCACAAUUCCACGUCAAUGCCCGGCUUCUUAACUAUCCUGAUAGCACUGUCACCCGCUUCCCCGUGCCUGAUGAGAAGGUCCCCUGGAAGGUGGAGUUCUCUUUUUAUGAUCCUCCUGUUUAUAACGCUCAGAGAGCAGCUGCUCGAAGGAAGAGCCUACAGGAAACUGUUGACUCGGACUCUGCGGAUUUGGACAACUACAGGAACCCAGUGGGAAGGACAGGCAUGAAGGGCAGAGGAUGCCUCAUCCAGCUUGGGCCCAACCAGAUACAUGAAGUGGUUCUCACUCGCUGGAGGGAGGGGGUGAAGCGUGUGCUGCAGUUUCUGGCCCUGUGGGAGGAAUCCAAGGGAUGCUGGGUGCUACCUAAGGUGAGUUUGACAAGCUGACCACUUUAGCUCUGAUCUGAGGG